GACCGGUCCAGACUAGAAGUUUGUUUUCAUUGCUAUAAAUACCCGACGGAGUCGAAUCUUAUAUGUUUUGCAAAAUUGUGUUGGUAUUUUCUCUUUUGCUUCGAUAUGCGUUACACACACGCAGAAUGUCAAGUGAUUUCCCUGGAUAUGGAAAGUAAAGUAGUGCUGGGCAGCAUAUUAGAAUUAGGCCCUUACCCUUCCAAUUCCAAAGAUGCUAUAGGAAGAAUAAAAAGGUUACUUAGGCGCCUCCAACCAAAUAGGACUGCAGAAGAGGAGGCUUUGAUCGAGGAAUUUGGUCCACAUUGGUCGUUUGCUGGACCAACUAUUCUUCCUCAACCCUGUGGAAAGCAAUGUACAAGGCCACAUCAUCAUUACAGUGAAUUAGAAGCUUAUAUAUGGAAGUAUUUUAAAGAUGCCUUGAUACAUGACAGAAUGGUGGCCUCCGCCAAAACCCACCAAAUUUACAUGGAAAGAUUGCGACAGAUAAACAAGUGCACUCCCGAGGAG